CUUUUCUGGGCGACAAUGUCUGGACGCGGAAAGCAAGGCGGCAAGGCUCGCGCCAAGGCCAAGACGCGCUCGUCGCGGGCCGGGCUGCAGUUCCCGGUGGGCCGCGUGCACCGGCUGCUCCGCAAGGGCAACUACGCCGAGCGGGUGGGGGCCGGCGCGCCGGUGUACCUGGCGGCCGUGCUGGAGUACCUGACGGCCGAGAUCCUGGAGCUGGCGGGCAACGCGGCCCGCGACAACAAGAAGACGCGCAUCAUCCCGCGCCACCUGCAGCUGGCCAUCCGCAACGACGAGGAGCUCAACAAGCUGCUGGGCCGCGUGACCAUCGCGCAGGGCGGCGUCCUGCCCAACAUCCAGGCCGUGCUGCUGCCCAAGAAGACCGAGAGCCACCACAAGGCUAAGAGCAAGUAGUGGCCUAUAUGAUAGUUUACAGUAG